UUUGGGAUUGAUUCUUUCAUUUCCCAUAAGUGGGGAAUGAAGUAUGUGUCUGAAGCCAAACAGUUAAGUUAAUUUCCUGCCAAGUAUUUCUAUAAAUACUUUUCUUUUCAGCUCUGUCUGUGAGACUUAUCGGCCGUUCACUGUUUUUCCUCUGUACCGGGCAUCUUCUGAAGUUAGAUUUCUUUCCCAGGAAUGGAGUUUGCUGACCUCCGAGAGGAACUGAAAUGUUCCAUCUGCCUGAACCUCUAUACGGAGCCCGUAUCGCUGAAAUGUGGGCACGUCUUCUGCCAGCUCUGUAUUGCAAGUGCUCUGGGAAAUCAAGAAGAGGUUGGCGUUUAUUCGUGUCCGGAGUGCAGAAAGCAGUAUGAGGAGCGCCCUGUGCUGGAGAAGAACAGAAAGCUGUGUAACGUUGUUGAGAUUUUCCGAUCUAUCCAACUCAAGCAAGAAAAGCAAGGGAUCUUCUGUACUUACUGCAUUGAGUCUUCUGUACCAGCAUUCAAAACAUGUGUGCCAUGCGAGACCUCCAUGUGCGACGCACAUCUCCUGGCCCAUGUCAAAUCCAAGUCGGUUGAUCACAUUUUAUCUGAACCCACUGCUUUGUCUGCGGACAGAAAAUGUUCUGUACAUAAAAAAAUCUUGGAAUAUUAUUGUACGGUGGAUGGUAUCUGUAUGUCCUGCUGGGUGGCUGGAGACCACAUGGGACAUCAAGUGGAGCUUCCAUUGGAGGCUUCUGAGAAGAAAAAAAAGAUUCUGAGGAAUAAAGCUGAGAGACUGAACUCCGGGAGAGAAGAAACUAAGAGGAGAAUCCAGAAUCUACAAAUUCACAUGGCAGAAGAAAAAAGAAAAGCAGCUCUUGUCACCGAGAGAUUCCAUGAAUUGUUUGGAGUCAUUGGAAGAAAGUUUGAUGACGUAAAGUCUGGAGUCCUUACGGAGAUCUCCAGACAGGUGGAGCAGAUCUCGCAGUCAGUGGAUAGUCCAAUUCUACAAAUGGAGACACAGAAGGAUGGACUGUCCAGAAGGAUCACUCAAUUAAAGGACCUGUGUGACAUCCAAGACCCAAUACUUGUCCUUAGAAAAGACCCAGGGAGUGAUCGCACCCUACAGAACAGCGGUGAUGUCACCAGUGAUAUCAAAGAAGUUGGGAGGUUGGAUGAAUCGAUUAUCUCAUUGUUGUUACACAGAGGACUUCUUCACAUAACUAAAAGUGUCAUGGAACCCGAGCUACAGAGGACAUUCCCAGUGAUGGAAAAGUCCGAUGUCUUUCUUGACAUUAAUACAGCUAAUAAUUUUCUUAUUAUCUCUCAGGAUCUCAAGUCGGUCACUCAUACUGAUGUCUCUCAAAACAGACCAGAUUGUCCGGAAAGGUUCGCAGAGACACUUCAGGUGCUAAGUACACGCAGUUUCACAUCGGGGAAACAUUACUGGGAGGUGAACUUGAGCGGAAGGAAAGAUUGGCUGGUGGGGGUGGUUGGUCAAAGUAUAGAGAGGAAAGAAGAAGAGACGGCAUCUGGCGUUUGUUGUAGCAACAAGUUUUGGUCUCUAUAUUUAGAAGAUAAACUUUCAGUAGCACAUAAAAAUAUACAGAAAGAUCUAACUUCACUUUCCCCGGUGAGGAUUGUUGGGAUCUAUUUGGAUUAUGAUUCUGGUCAUCUGUCCUUCUAUCAGCUAAGUGACUCCAUUAGACACUUGCACACCUUCACCACCACCUUCACUGAGCCCCUGUAUGCCACGUUUUCUGUACAAAACAAUUCCUCUCUCAGAAUUAUAAACGGAAACCCAUAAUAACAUACAAGC